AUGGUUGUUGUGAUGAGGGAGCCGGCCCCUCCCGUGCUGUGGAACCCUUUCACGAGAGAGCACAAGGUCUUGCCCGCGUGCCCCCGCUAUUGUCAACCACCGGAAGAGCCUCAUAUCUGCAGAACCACGUACGGGUUCGGAUACGACCCAGUAAACGAUGACUACAAGGUCGUCAAGGAAUUGCAAUACAGGUUGAAGAGGCCGUUUCCGUUUUCGAAGUACGAGUACUCGAUUUACGGCUUGAGGUCGAAUUCCUGGAACAGGACCAGUCCGCUCCAUAUUAACCGCCAUUGGCCCGCCCAUGUCGACGGGGUCCUUUACACGAUUGACCAGAUGUGGCCCGAUCCGCAUCCGUCUGUAGCGAAGUUAUAUGGUUUUAGCCUCGUACACGAGAAGGAGUUUAGGGUUGGGAUGCCCGAUGAGAUUGAAAGAGAGGGCUUUGUUACUGUUGAUGCGAUUGAGGGGCAGCUUUCUUUGGGCUGUGCAUACGAGUCCCGGUUCGUGAUCUGGAUUAUGAAACACCCGGAAUUGUGGAUUCCGCUUGUCCAGCUGAAGAUCAAUCCCGAUGUUUUCGUGCGGCCGCUUGCUUUUGCAGAAAAUUGGAAUAAGCUCCUGCUCAACCUCAGUUGCAAGAGGCUCAUUGGGUGUGAGUUGAUGUCGAUGAAUGCCAAGGAUAUUGGUGUGCCUUUCGAGAUUGCUGUGCCUUUCAAUAGUGAUUGGCCUUUCAAGAUUCCCGACACUUACGAGAUUGAUGUGGAUUUUGAGUUUUCCUUUGAGAUUGCUGUGCCUUUCGAGAUUGCUGUGCCUUUCGAGAUUUCCCCUUCAUUUUGCCUGGAGACCCUUGUAUCACCUCACACCUGGGACAAGGAGAAGACUGGGCAGAAAAACUUGAUUGGGAAAAGUAAGAAGAAGAUGAAGAAAAUGAAGAAAAAGAAGAGGAAAAGUAAGAAGAAGAUGAAGAAAAUGAAGAAAAAGAAGAGGAACAAGAAGUGGACAUGGUCUGUUGAUUGGUGCUUUUAUCAUCUAGUAUUCUUCCUAGCUAGUUUAGAUUGA